UGUCCUGCAUGGAACGUUCCCCGACUGCUCGGUUGUAGAGCGCUGCAGUGAAUCGGUCCCGUUCGGUCACCGCACCCACCGUCUCUGCGGGGACAUUUAUAUGUCAGUGCGAGCAUCUGCUGGGCAUUGCCAGAAUGCUGUGGGCAGCCAAUCAGUUCAUCAGGAAGUUCUCCACCGCCUCGGUCUACUACCAGAACAAAUUAAGGCUUGCCCUUAUUGGCCAGAGUCUUUUCGGGCAAGAAGUAUACAAUAACUUACGUAAAGAAGGGCAUAAAGUCGUUGGGGUGUUCACAGUUCCAGACAAAGAUGGGAAAGCAGAUCCCUUGGCGGUGGCUGCUGAGAAGGAUGGCACACCAGUGUUUAAAUUUCCCCGGUGGCGAGUGAAAGGAAAAUCAAUGCCAGAGGUAGUAGAUGCAUAUAAAUCAGUAGGAGCCGAGCUCAAUGUUCUACCUUUCUGCUCACAGUUUAUUCCUAUGGAUGUAAUUGACCAUCCUAAACACGGCUCCAUCAUCUAUCAUCCUUCCAUCCUUCCUCGGCACAGAGGAGCAUCUGCUAUCAACUGGACCUUAAUUCAUGGUGAUAAGAAGGCUGGUUUUUCCAUCUUCUGGGCUGAUGAUGGCCUCGACACGGGACCGAUUUUACUCCAGAGGGAAUGUGAUGUAGAACCAAAUGAUACAGUGGAUACGAUUUACAAUCGCUUUCUAUUCCCAGAGGGCAUCAAAGCCAUGGUGGAAGCUGUUCAGUUAAUCGCAGAUGGAAAAGCUCCUCGUAUAGGCCAGCCAGAAGAUUGUGCCACUUAUGAAGGAAUACAGAAGAAGGAGAAUGCAAAGAUAUGUUGGGACAACUCCGCAGAUGUAAUCCACAACUGGAUCCGAGGGCAUGAUAAAGUGCCAGGAGCCUGGACAGAGAUUAAUGGUCAGAUAGUCACAUUAUAUGGAUCUUCUUUGCUGCAAGGUUCUGUGCCAACUGGUGAGCCUUUGCCAAUUGAUGGAUGCUCGAAACCUGGUCUUGUGACAAAAAAUGGACUUGUUCUUUUUGGAAAUGAUGGAAAAAUGUUAAUGGUGAAAAACCUACAGUUUGAGGGUGGAAAAAUGAUCCCAGCUUCAAAAUACUUUUCCACUGAUGAUGCAGCGGCUCUGGAACUAACAGAGGAAGAAAAGGCCAUGGAGACAGAGAUUAGGAAUAUUUGGAAGGGGAUUUUAAGCAACGUUGCUGCGAUUGAUGAUAAUACAGACUUUUUCAAAUCUGGAGCAGCAUCUAUGGAUGUUGUCAGGUUGGUUGAGGAGAUUAAACAGAAAUUUGGUGGUCUGGAGAUUCAAAAUGAAGAUGUUUACAUGGCAACCACAUUUGGUGACUUUAUACAGAUGGUUGUGAGGAAAUCAAGAGGCGAGGAUAAAGAAGAACUAAUAAUAGACUACGCUACACAAAAUGUUAACAAUAUGACUGUGAAGAUGCCUUACCAGUGUUUCAUCAAUGGACAGUUUUUGGAUGCUGAGGAUGGGAAAACAUAUGAAACCAUUAACCCGACAGAUGGAUCCGCAAUAUGCAAAGUCUCGUAUUGCUCCGUAGCCGAUGUUGACAAAGCAGUUGCUGCUGCCAAAGAAGCUUUUGAAAAUGGGGAGUGGGGAAAAAUGAACGCAAGAGACAGAGGGAGAAUCUUGUACAGACUUGCAGAUCUCAUGGAAGAACAUCAGGAAGAACUGGCAACCAUCGAGGCCAUUGAUUCAGGAGCCGUGUAUACCUUGGCACUGAAGACUCAUGUUGGAAUGUCUGUGCAAACCUUUAGGUACUUUGCAGGGUGGUGCGACAAAAUCCAGGGUUCUACAAUCCCAAUAAACCAGGCUCGUCCGAACCGCAAUCUGACAUUUACGAAAAAGGAACCCAUCGGAGUCUGUGCCAUUGUCAUCCCUUGGAACUAUCCCUUAAUGAUGCUGGCAUGGAAGAGCGCAGCAUGUUUGGCUGCAGGAAACACAUUGGUUCUAAAGCCGGCACAGGUCACUCCACUGACAGCCUUGAAAUUUGCAGAACUUACUGUAAAAGCAGGUGUGCCCAAGGGUGUUAUCAACAUCCUGCCAGGGUCAGGCGGCCUUGUCGGACAGCGCUUGUCUGAACAUCCGGAUAUUCGCAAGCUCGGUUUCACUGGCUCCACACCUAUUGGCAAACAGAUCAUGAAAAGCUGUGCAGUCAGUAAUCUAAAAAAAGUUUCUCUGGAAUUGGGUGGAAAAUCCCCGCUUAUCAUCUUCAAUGACUGUGAUCUAGACAAAGCAGUGAGAAUGGGAAUGGGAGCUGUGUUUUUUAACAAAGGAGAGAACUGCAUUGCGGCUGGUAGACUGUUUGUUGAGGAAUCCAUUCAUGAUGAAUUUGUGAGACGAGUGGUGGAAGAAAUUAAAAAGAUGAAGAUUGGGGAUCCCUUAGAUCGGUCUACAGACCAUGGCCCACAGAAUCAUCGUGCCCACCUGGAGAAAUUAUUGGAAUACUGUGAAACUGGAGUGAAAGAAGGAGCCACACUGGUGUAUGGAGCCAAACAUGUGCCUCGGCCAGGAUUCUUUAUGGAACCCACUGUAUUUACAAAUGUUGAAGACCACAUGUACCUUGCGCAAGAAGAAUCAUUUGGGCCUAUAAUGGUCAUUUCCAAGUUUAAGGAUGGUGACGUUGAUGGAGUGUUGGAGCGAGCCAAUAAAACAGAGUACGGUCUUGCAUCAGGCGUGUUUACACGAGACAUAAGCAAGGCCAUGUACGUCACCGAAAAGCUAGAUGCUGGGACCGUUUUUAUUAACACCUACAACAAAACUGACGUAGCAGCACCAUUUGGAGGCUUCAAACAAUCUGGGUUUGGCAAAGACUUGGGUGAAGAGGCUCUCCACGAAUACCUGAGAACAAAGGCUGUUACAGUCGAAUACUGAUCCCAGGCUUUUCAACGGAAAUAUUACAUGACCUGUUUUAUCAACCACAAACAAAAUGUAUUUACAUUCUUAUGCAAAGUUACACUACAGGAGCAAUGGAUCCUUAAAAAGUGCAACAUUUUAAUUUCAGCAAAUCACAAAUUUAGCUAGACCGAGAGUCCCUUCAGGGAGAUUCUUCAGUGGAAAGCCAGCUAGGUCUGGUGGCUUCACAGAUUUCUAGUAUGUGAAUAUGUCUACAAGAACUAGACAACCCAUUAUUUUAACAUUUUUAUGCAGGUAAAUAAAUUAAAGUGGCACAUACCAUAUCUAAAGAAGCCAGGACACACACACAGCAACUGGGUUAAGUCAGAACAGCGCAAAGACUUUUUUAUAUUUUCUACCAACCAUUAACCUAAUCUCUUAACUGAAAACCGGGCAGCUUGUAAAAAGUCACGUCAUAAUCCAGUUCUUCUUUGAGGUGCAAAAGAACCACAACACCAUACUUAGCCUGUGCCAAGUGCAUCAGAUAUAACAGAUCAAUCGACUGAGAAAUCCCAAAUCGAGUAACCGCCUGGUUUUUAUUUGCACAAAAUGAUCUAUAACUUUUAGGCAUGUUGGUCAAUGGAGCCUAGUUACAAAGAUUGCAACUACACCCCCCUCCACAGCAAAAUAUAUAAAUCAAUGUGCUUUUUCAGCUAAUUUUGUUUUAAUCUUAAUACAUCUGCAUUUGUGCCUAGAAUUUGACUCUUGUCAAUCCAUCAGGAACCUCUAUGUGUUGAAAGGGAAUUUUCAUGAAUUAACAAGCAAUAUUGCAACAAUUUCUCUCUACUGUGACCGGGCGUAGGAAAUGAUUGCACACGGUCAUUCAUGCAAUUUUAUUCAGGUUUUCUUAUGAACUCAUUUCAAAAUAAACAAUUAAAACUGC